UUCAAGUCAACAAACAGGCCAACGACGCCUCUUCGCCCACCACGGCUCGACAAUGCUAACAUAGGAACAUCAUCUGCACUCGACGAUUCUACUAACCCCUGGGUAUCAGCAGGUGGAGCAGGAAGAAAGCCUGCAAGAGGUUAUUUCGAAGUCUUCAGCAGGGCAAGGUAAUAUCGCAUGAUUAGAUCAAAGAUGUCUACUUCUGCUCUCGCAUCGACACCCGCAACUCCUGUCUCUAAACCUGCGACUCCUUCGACCCCAGUCACAGGCACAUGGCGGCACCCUCAAUUUGACGAGAUUGCAAGACGGCAAAAUGCUUCAAAUUUCUCAGAUCGGAAUGUGAAAAAGGCCAUCUAUAAUACAGGGGGUCUGGUGGUCUUGUGGCUGCUAGGACGGUCGCUGUGGAACAACUUUCCGCAUUACUUCCAAACGGGAAAGCUACUUGAUCCAUAUGCAUCAUACACAUACCACGCACUCCAAUUACUACUUACUUAUAACCUUAUUGUGGCAUGCUGGCCGCUUUUCCGAAAGAAGGACGAUCUUGCCGACAUACCUCUCACACCUGGUCAAAGAAAGCUUCUUGGAUUACCACCGAGUUCUAAACCUCCAACCCCUGGCUCGCAAUAUGUUACUCCACCAAGAUACGCCAGAACUCCGACGAACUUGAGCGGAUCCCCGGGAAGCAAAGGAAGCUUUUCAAAUUCGAUGCCACCAGCAUCCGGUAGUGUUUCCGGGUCGCCAUUUUCCCCAGGAGCGAGUCCAUUGUUACAGAAGACGAUGGGAGCAGCGGGUAUGAAUGGGUCGAGGCGACAUUCUUAUGGGUCUCCAAGUCCUCUUGGGCCUGGUGCUUCAAGGGGCUCUGUGCCGGAAAUGCCGGGUUCACCAAGCCCAAUGACUUCGAAGGGAGCAAGUGUUGGACUGAACAACAAGUGGCUUUAUGACAAGGGAAGAAGGAGCUCGGGGAACUCUCGAUUGUAUGCAUAGGAAGGUUGUGGCUUGAGAAGAAAAUUGUAUGAUGCAGAUACCCAUAACCUCGGUCAAGCGCAAUUCCAGUUAUUGACUCGUCUGUCAUUGAAUCGCGAUCCAGAUUCCCAUCUCUAGGGUGCUGCGAUUCCCACAUCACUCUAGUACUGCUGUAAAGAAGAAAGCCGUGUUUAGUUGUUCGCGCAUGCCUUAUUCCUCGUCGGUAAAAUGAGUCUAGAAUACCCG